ACGGUAAUACUAAUCAGCUGAUGGUUACAAAUGUUUGAUUUUCCGGACGACAAAUUAAAUUUUGAAUUGGCUGCGAAAUGACAGAAAAGAAGCGGUUUGUCUGCGUAAAUUGUGGACACAGAGUAAAAGAACUGUUCAAGAAAUACAGCAAUACUAUGAAAGCCACGCAAUGCGACAAAUGUCACAAAAUCACGGAUAAAUACAUUGAGUUCGAGGAGUUUAUCAUAUUAAUCGAUGCACUACUAUUAGAUUCGUGCGCCUUCCGGCACAUCAUAUACAAUGGAGACUUUAAGGUCUACUGGAAGGUUUCGCUGGUGGUGCUGCUCCUGGAAUCCUUUGCACUUUGCCGCCAAAAAUUGCCCGACCCUCCGAGUGCCUCUUUACACGUCCAUGAAAAGGGCUUUUACACAUAUACCCUUCAAAAUAUGGGAGAUUACAUGUUCAUGACUCUAUUGCUGUUAAUAAUCACCGCCACUCUAAGUAUUGAUUGGAUGCAAAAAAUAGGUUUUCGAAGUUUUACCUUAAUUAUAUUUAAAGUGGUGCUGAUCUCCAACCUCUCCAAGUUCUUUCUUUUGCCCAUUCUGGUAUGGCGAAAUAAUACGACCGUUUUUGGACGGAAUUUGCACCAUCUUCUAGUAAUGGGUCAUCACCUCUGCUCUCUGGUCCUCGCAUACGAGGCAGUCGGAGCCACUAAGAAGAACCUGCGGUGGUGGGCACUAACUUUGGUAGUUCUGGCUUUCGCCUUCAAGGAAACUGCUAGGCAGUUUGUCUCACUCGUUGUGGAGGAGCAUUUUACUUAAGUUACUUAAGAAUUGUGUAGGCAAUUGUUUAUAAAAGGCUGAAAUUGGUUAAACAAA